CGCGCGCUUCCUUUGCCCGGGCGGGAGGCAGGAAGGGAGCGGCCGGAGGGAUGGAGCGGGUCCCGGCAGGGAUGCGGUAGCUCCCGGGACAUCCCGACCCGCCGGGACGCGGUGAAGCUGCCAUCCCCAGAGCUCUCUGCAAUGGCCUCAGGGAAUGAGGGGAAUGAGGAACGCCGGGGGAGCCACGGGCUCAGCUCAGAAGGCCGCGUGGCAGAGGAGGCUGAGGAGGUGUUCCGCAGCUACGCCUUCUACCGCUACCAGCAGGAGCGCCAGGAGCGCGGCGCGGAGCUGCCGCCCGACCCCGAGAUCGAGCAGAUCCAGCAGGACCUGGAGAGCACGGGCAGCCAGGUGGGGCAGCGCCUGGCCAUCAUCGGGGACGACAUCUACCGGCGCUACGACGCCGAGUUCCGCACCAUGCUGGAGAGCCUGCAGCCCACCCGCCACAACGCCUACGAGACCUUCACCAAAAUUGCCUCCAGCCUGUUUGAGAGCGGCAUCAACUGGGGCCGGGUGAUCGCCCUGCUGGCCUUCGGGUACCGCCUGGCCAUGCACGUGUGGCAGCGCGGCGUCAGCGGCUUCCUGCGGCGCAUCGCGCGCUACGUCGGCGAGUUCAUGCUGCAGCACCGCAUCGCGCGCUGGAUCGCGCAGCAGGGAGGAUGGGAGGCCGUGCAGAACCUGGACAAUGUCUAUGUGAAGUACCUGCUGGUGGUGGCCGUGGUGGUGGUGCUGGGGCACCUGGUGCUGCGGCGCUUCCUCACCCCCUGAGGGGGGCACCGGGCACCCCCUGCUCUGCCCCACACCCCCGCGGCUGGGGGGACCCCAGGAACCCCCAGGAGAGAGCAUGGCUGGGGGCUCUGCACCCCCAGGAGAGGAAUGGGGACGGGGGGGGCUCUGCUUUGUUGGGUUUGGUGCCUCAAAAAGGGGCUGAGGAGGGCACAUGUCUGGGAGGGGACAUUUGUGGGAGGUGACAUCUCUGGGAUGGGACAUCUCUGGAAUAGGUUGUUCCUGGGAGGAGACAUCUUUGGGAUGGGGCAUUUCUGGGAGGGGGCAUCCCUGAGAUAGGGCAUCUUUGGGAUGGGACAUCUCUGGGUUGGGACAUCCCUGUCCCCCCAGCUGCUCUGGAGGAGCAGAGAGGUGUGACGAUGCCAAUGUGGCACACAAUGCCCCAGUGGCAGCGUGUGACAAUGCCAGAGUGUGCCCCUGGUGGGUCCUGUGCCCCCGGGGCAGGAGCAGAGCCCCCUCCCCAUCACUGACAGAGGAGCAGAGCCCCCUCCCCAUCACUGACAGCUCCAUCCCUGUGCCCCAGGGUGAUCCCAGCCCUGGCUGCUCCAAUCCUGCUGCUCCUGAGCCCAGCACUUGAGCCUUUCCCACCACUUUGAGCCUUUCCCACCACUUUGAGCCUUUCCCACCACUUUGAGCCCCUUUCCCAGCCUCUCCAUGGACAAUCCCGACCCUUUUCCAUGCAAACCCUCCUGGCUGCAGCCCUGCAGCUCUGGGGGAGCCCCAGCAUCUCCCCCAGCUCUAAAACCUGUGGGUGCCAGGACAGGCAGUGUCCCUGCCCCAGUUGGGCUCCCUGGCUCUCACUGGGAGCCACUGGAGCUGCAGUCACCCCUGCAGCGGGCACCAGGCUCCUCUGGGCAGGGAUUGGUGCUGGUUCUGUUCCUGACCGUGCCUGAGUGAUUUUGGGGUGAGCCAGCUCCUCUCUCCCGUCCCAAAGCUGAUUUCUGCAGAGCAGGGAGCUCAGGCUGGGUGUUCCCUGUCCUGCCCAAGCUGCAGAUGAAGGAUCCCUCCCUCUUCUCCCUCUGCAGGCUGAGCAGGACCAGCCUGGAUUUUUAACUCUUCCCAUUUCUCCUGUCCCUGCCUCUUUUUUUAACAGAAUAACCAAAUUUUGCAUCUUGCUUCCAUAGCUGAGCUUGGCAUUUUGCUCCUGGCUGCUCCCUUUUCCCUUUUGGGAAUGCUCUCAAGAGAAAGGCAUUAAAAUAUUUCCUGUGUUAUUCCCACUGCUGCUCGGUUGUGCAGGGCAGCAGAGCUUGGCUGUGCUCAGGUUUUGUGGCCACAAUUCAGGUUUUGUGGCCACAAUUCUGAUUUUGUGGCCCUCCCUGGAUGCUUUGUCCCCUUGCAGAUCCAUUUCUCCUCACAAAAUUCCCCUUCCCAUGGUGCCACCUCCUCUCCCAGCUUGGGAGAAGUUUAAUCGCGAGUUUCACCUCGGGUUUAAAGCCAUUUCUCUGCUGUGAAGCAGUUUAACCAGUACGAUCCGUGCUUCCCCCUCUUCCCCAGCUCCUUUUUGGGUGCAAACGCCACCAGAUGGAGCCUUGUGGCCACGAUGGGUACGAGCCACCGUCGUUAUUUCUCUUUUUUUCUCCUUAAUUUACAAAUCACCGUCGGUUCUCUGCUUGGGUUGUGUCCAGCAGGACUUGGAAAAAAUAAAAAUCAGCUUUAAUUCGCUGCUUCAGACACACUCCUGGAACUCCAGAGGAUCAGGGAGAGCUUUUGGUGCUCAUUUAAUUCUCAUUUCCCAGCUAAAGCUCCCCCUUGCAGCUGUGAGGCCAUAAAGGAGAAUUUUCAGAUUUGUGGGAAAGGACUGAGCCUUAGGGAAGCCCAGGACAGGGGGGAGAACUCUUCCAUGGGUGCUGUACAAAGGAAAAAUUCCGUUUGAUCCGUUUAUCUCAGGGGAUUCGCAGAGGGGGGAGCUCUCAGGGCGUCAGGGCCUCUCCUCCCUCUGCUCUCUGCUCUUUCCUGGGUGGAAAAAAAACUUGAACUGGGACUGGGGAUGCUGAACUGGGACUGGGAUGCUGAA